AUGACGAGUUUCUCGACGUCCACGAUGAUCUUCGCGGCGGCGAUGACGGCAAUAGCUUUUAUUUCUUUGCCGGCGGUGGAAGCACAAGCGUCUACUUCGUGCGUGAGCAAGUUAGUCCCCUGCUUCAGUGCCUUGAACACGACGACGAAGCCUUCGAAAGAUUGUUGCGACUCGAUCAAAGAAGCCGUGGAGAAAGAGCUUAGCUGCCUCUGCAACAUCUACAACACUCCUGGUUUACUCUCUCAGUUCAACGUUAAUGCUUCUCAAGCUCUUAAUCUCAGCCGUCGGUGUGACGUCGACACUGAUCUCACUUCUUGUUCCGCUUCUGGAACUCCAUCGCCAAAAGCUUCUUUAUCUCCUCCAGGAAAUAAAGAUAAAGACGUCGGAGCUGGAAACAAACUCGCCGGUUAUGGAAUUACCACUGUCAUCUUGUCUUUGGUCUCAACCAUCAUCUUCUUCUGA